UUUUAUCAUUAUUACUGUUUUUAUAUCAUUUUUAAAUAUUGAUUUUGCUAUUUUUGCAAUGCUAAUAUAAGCUUUAUUGAUGAUUUCUUAUUUUUUGUCAAUAAUUAUACUAAUCUCAAACAUUAUGGAGGCGAGUGUUGUGCAAAGCUUUUUGCUGGAGGGGGCAAGAGCCCCCCAUUGCUCCGCCCCUGGUUUUACAUCAGGAAAAAAAAUAACUAAACAUAAAAACUUCUAAAUAGCAUUUGCAGAAUUGGAAAUAAAGCUCCACUAUGACAUAAUUUUUAAAAAUCCCUUCUACAGUCUCACUUAUUUAGAUAAAAUGAGUCUUUUAAAUUGUUUUAGACAAAAUUACAUUGUUUUAUUCAAAUAUACAAGUAACGUUUCUCAUAUCAAUUGUAAAAUGUUGGCUGAAAUCCUUUAACUAAUUUUAUUUUGUUUAUUUCAUAAUAAAACCAGAACUUUUUAGCUCAAUUGCUUGUUGUUACGAUCAUAAGGCUUUUAUUUUGAAAAACUCCACCGGAACAGAGCUUUCAGCCGUGAUUGUGAGCUUGACAGCGGUGAGGAAAGAGUGGGGAUUGUUCAGCGGCGGAGUGUGCGGCGCGCAGACGGCACGCAUGUUCGCCGGACUCGAAUGGUGCGAAGCUCUGAAUGACGGACUCGGACGUCCGGGAAUGACAGCCGCUGUCACCGAGAGUGACAACCUCCACUCUCAGCGACUCCGUUAACUCUGCGCCAGCUGACGGUCUGCACUCAUCCGUGCGGGAUCCAGCCAGAGGGGGACUAUGCCAGAGAUGGAGAAGGGCAGACCCCCAGAAAAUAAACGCAGCAGGAAACCAGCGCACCCCGUGAAGAGAGAGAUCAACCAGGAGAUGAAGACGUUUGCAGAAAGCACCAUGAACGAGCUCCUGGGAUGGUACGGAUAUGACAAGGUUGACCUGAGGGAGUCGGAGGCCAACGAGAUCAGAAACUACAGAGAGCGGCGACAGCAUGUGUCUGUGCUAAAAGAAAACUCGUUGCCAAAACCCAAAAUACUGGACACCAAAAUGAGUCACUCGGUCCUCGCCAUGAAGAGCGGAGAGAGGGAAUCUUCCAGUGUGCCUUCAUCCUCACCCUCCUCAUCUUCGACAAGCUCAUCCCUGACCCCUAAAGAGCACAAGAGUGCCCCAGUUAUUGUUCCCCUCAUAAAACCAUCAGCAGUGGAGGACGUGCAGAAUGUGCAGAUCGUGUGUGUUUGGUGCCAGAAAGAAGGUGUGAAACGCUACUCGCUGUGCAUGGGUUCAGAGCUGAAGAGCUUCUGCAGCGAGAAGUGUUUUGCCGCCUGCAGACGGGCCUACUUCAAGCGCAACAAGGCCAGAGACGAAGACCUCCACAGUGACAGAUCACCUCAGCACACUCAUCCAGAAGACUCGCCCAGACUUGUGCUCAAGAUAAACAGCAGUGUCAGAUCUGUCUCUCCUGUGCCACAGGUGUGCGAUUGGUGCAAGCACGUCCGUCACACUAAAGAAUACCUGGACUUCGGAUCUGGUGAAGAACGACUUCAGUUCUGCAGUACCAAGUGCUUGAACCAAUACAAGAUGGAUGUUUUCUACAGAGAAGCUCGUGCAGCUCUCAACAGCACCACGUCAAGUCCCAGCAGACCCAGUCAGGACAGAAGGCUGGACGGCGGUGUUGCUGGGCAAAAGCUGCUCACUCCUGAGUCCUGGAACAGCAACAACAGCACAGGAGAAGCACGCAACAUAAGCCUGUCACCUAAAGGACCAGCGCCAAUCCACGGAUCUGUAGAAUCCACAAGUAUCCCCCUCUCAGACGAAUCGUCUUUCUCUUCCAAAGUUCCAGUCUCAGGACUGAGGACCUUAGAGAGAUCGAUCCAGCCACCUCCACCUCUUCCCCCUCUAGAGGUGUCACCCCACCCUCCUCCCCUCCCUCCACUACCACCCCCUCGCCCACAUCUGGAUCAAAAACCAGUACCUCAAAUCCCCAUCCCCUUCAUCAGACCUCCUCUUCAUGCUCAGGGCCUGAAAAGCCCUCUUGCCAAUCAUCCUAGACACCCAGCUCCCCCUUCAAGCCCUAUUCACAGACCUCCACAUUCGCCACACCUGCAGCCACCAACUUCAGCGUCCAUGAAUCCACCUGGGCUGAUGCCUCCUUUCCCAGGAGCCUACUUCCCCGGAUUGCAUUCCCCUCCCAUGAAUAUGAUGCCAAGAGGUCCUGUUCCAAUCCCCCCAAUGAUGAACUUUGGUAUUCCUUCUUUUAGUCCUCUUUUGCCCCAACCCACUGUCUUGGUGCCUUAUCCUAUCAUUGUUCCCUUACCUGUCCCCAUACCAAUUCCUAUCCCCAUUCCAGUCCCUUCCAAAGCAGCUGUAGAAACUCCAUGUCACAGUGGAGUCAUACAACCAGUGCCAGAGGGGGUGGAUAGGAGCAGAUCUAGGACUACCAGGGUGUCAUCUCCAGGGAUUUCUGAAAGGGAAAGCAGAUUGCUAACCGAGAAAAUGGACGGAACCACCUCACCAAAUGAGCCCAACCUAAGGGACGCAGACUGGGUUAAAUCUGAGAGGCCAUUUCUGUCCCCAGCAUCCACACCGCAAAGUGGAGCAUCCUCCCCCAGAACACAGUACAAUGAAUCCCCCUGCCAUGUAGCUGGUUCAGAUGGACUGCCAGACUCUAAGCAGCAUCACACAGUACGGCAGGUCAUUCAAAGGGUUCUCCAGGGGAAGCCAGAACCUAGUGUGAAUGGAAUGGUGGACUUGUCUGGGUCAGAGGACUCAGCAGGUAAAAGAUCUGGUCUUAUCCGAGCCACCCACCCUCUACAGGUGUCACCAAUACAGGAUGCUGUCUGCCAGGAAUACGACUCCCAAAGUUCACCCUCUCAAGCUCCACCCAGUCCCACAGGAACCAGCAAUUCAUACGAUGCCAACUCUUCUGCUCUGACAUCUCAGGACCAUGGUAAGAAUGGGGUGUCCUCCUCAUCCGUGCCUCCCAGUAUGGAUUCUUCCCUGCCCCAGAGACUACCAGCAUCACCCCAGGACCCUUCACUUAGUGAACUGGAGGCUAUCAAAGAGAACAAGUGCUCUGUUGUUAGCCCAGUGCGGAUCGAAGGUCCCGCCAAUCAGUUAGAAGGGCCAGUAACAGUAGUUGGGGAUGUUGGAGAAGAUGCUCGUGUUCCCGAUGAAGACCACGCCUACGCCCUGCCCACAGCGCCAAAGACAGGUGUGACCACUACCCCUCUGCUCUUGCCCAAACUCAGGGACAAGGGUAGCCUGAGGAGUCCUACUAAUAUUCCCAGCGCUGGGGACAUGGAGCCAGCUUUAAAGAGGCGAUGCCUACGAAUCCGAGAUCAGAAUAAGUAGAGAAUAGAGACUCCCUGUUUUAAACCCCUUUGGCAGUGCCAGAAUCAGUGCCGCGCCCUCUUGUGGACAACACCAGUAUGACCCGUCCCCUCCAGAGUGUUGCUCUGCCUGUAGACCAGCAGGGUGCCAACCCAGGAAGCAGUCCAGAUGGCCAAAUCAUCACAGCAUCAGAGAUGAACACACACUUUGUCCUGGACCAAAGAGCAUCAAGCGUGUGUUCAGAAGGGGAGACUCAGAUUCUCCUCUUCUUCGGUGACAUUGCCCUAAAGUUAAUAUGCGUGCACAACUGCACAGAUGCGCUCCUCUUCCUCCUCCUCCUCCUCCUCGUCCGUCUCUCGUUGCUCCACACAGCAGACGAGUCUCUGAUCAGCCUUGUGUGGUCUUCUCAUUUGGAGCCUGAACAUGAUCUCUUUCCAGGGGAAACGGUUUGUUUUCUCUGCCCAGCUUGCACAAAGAGCCACAUUGUUCCCCUUUCCCAUAUCCCACGGUGACUCCCCACUUCAGGUUUUGGGUUACCUGGCCGAUGGGGGCUCAGGCUUCAGGAGUUUUUUUUUUUUUUUUUUU